UCACAUAAUUUUUAUACUUGUAUACCAUUUUUUAUUGUAAAUUAAAUAAAACAAUUUAACAAAUUACGCGAUGAGUAGGCACACUUCCCAAAUUUCCAUGUCUGCCAGGAUAUCCGCACGGGAGUCUGGAACGAAUUUUGACUAUCCCGUCUUUCCCAAGAAGCUGCCCGAGCUAAGAGUCGGACCUGUCUUUGAUGAAAGCGGGUUUACCCUCACUGAGCGGUUGGCGCUGCGGCAAGCUUGGCGUCUGAUCAAGCCCUUUGAGCGACGUUAUGGGCAGGAAAUAUAUUUUCCCUAUCUUAUGGAGCAUUAUCAGACCUUUGAACAUUUUCGCUAUAAUGGCAAACUGGACAUACAUAAAUUGCACAGUCACCUCCGCUCAUUCAUGCGCUUUUCUCAAGCAUUAAUAGAACAAGAUGAUCCCACCAUGAUGCAGGUAAUGUUGACGGAAAACAAUAACAUCCAUACACGUUGCCGUGUCUCUGCUGAGGACAUACAAACCUUAAUCAAGGCUAUGAUUAAAUAUAUACUCGAAGUGCUACGCGAUAUAUCAUCGGCAUCGCUGGAAAGCGGCUUUCAAAAGCUUUUGGAUAAGUUUGAUGCCUACAAUGAUACGAAUACGAAUAAGAGAACAACAUUCUUGGAUAGUAAAGGUAUGAGUAUGAGCAGCAGGAGUGUGGCAAUUAAUGCAAAUGCCAAUACAAAUUAAUAAAUUGCUGAC